AUGCGUUUGUUUUUUUCUCUACUUCUGUUGCACUGUGAAAUCACUUAUGAUACAGAGACUCGUCAGUAUUCCUUAUUGGAUAGAGGCUCCAAUUUCAGUACAACUAUUAAUGGCAUCACAUUACCUCGGUGUAAAUCAUCAGUAUUAUGUCAUGGUGAUAUAAUACGACUGGGAUCAACUCGUCUACUUGUCCAUAUACAUAAUGGUAAUGAAACAUGUGGACAAUGUGAUCCAGAUGAGAUGAAAGCUGCUUUGAAUUCAUUUAUUGAUACGAAUGAAACAAUCAAUUCGGACAGCCAUGCGAAUGAUAAUAAUAAUGAUAAUGAUACUGGUGCAGAAAAACUAUCUGAAACUAUACUAACGCAUUCAUCAAAAGAUGUGGAAAGACGCGCGAAAUUAGAUGAAAUAAAAAAGAAAUAUGGUUUGAAAUUUCCACGAAUAAGAACUCAGGCAAAGACAGACAAACAAUAUAUGGAUCGUGCUGCACAACGACGUGCAAUUGAAGCAAAUUUAAAAGCAGCUGGUUAUCCAUUACCUCCGGCACCAGGUGUAAUAAAACAACAAAUCAAUAAAACUCCACUCAUCGCUCGUCCAACACCAGCCAGUGUAUAUAAACCAAUCAGUGAUGAAAAUAAAGGCGCGAAAUUAUUAGCUAAAAUGGGUUGGACACCUGGUCAAGGAUUGGGUAAAAGUAAAAGUGGAAUUUCCGAACCGAUCACUGUUAGUUUACGUAUUAAUCCACAAGCUGGUCUUGGUUUAAAUAAUUCAUCGAAAAAUCUCGUACCAAUUGAUUCUACACCGAAAGAAUUAACACAAGCAUAUAUUCGUGCAAAAACUAAAGAACGUUUCGAUAAAUUAUUAUAAUUCAAAGAUUAUUAUUAUGUAAUGAUUGAAAAAAUUGACGCAUUUAUAAAUUUG